AUGAUUGAAAAAAUCACCAAGCAGUUUUAUAGCGAAGAAGGUGCAAAACGGGCGUAUCGUCAAUUAAACUCCCUCAUGCAUUUAAAUCAUGCAGAUUCAUCCAUUAUUCAACUACUCAAUGUUUAUACUCCAAAUGAGAAUUUCAAUAUGCUCAAUGAAUUAUAUCUUGUCAAAAACUAUGUUUCGUACGAUCUUUCUCAAUUAGUUUCCAGAAGAUACCAAUUAACAGAAGCCAACAUACAAAUGAUUAUCUACUGUGUACUAAGAGCACUAAAAUAUGUUCAUUCAGCCGGAAUCGUUAAUCUAAAAUUGAAGACUUCUGACAUUGGAAUUGACAAUGAAUCAAACAUCUAUCUGUUGAAAACGCACUCAACACCUGCUUGGCAUUCGGAGUAUGAAGGACAAUAUGAUCGCACAAGUGCACCAGAGGCAAUCAUGUGUGAUGAAAAAUUUUGCACAGAGAAAUAUGACAUUUGGUCGGUUGGUUGUAUUAUGGCUGAAUUGCUGUUAUAUAAACCAUUAUUCUCCACUGAUCAUUGUAUUGCAUACUUAAAGAGCAUCAUAGAGAUUAUGGGAACACCAGGUGAACAAUAUCUAAACGAACUGUGUAUGUCUGAUCUACGAGCGAACAUAAUAAACAAUAUCGGCAUCAAGAAAAAACAAGAUUUUCAGCUAUUAUUUCCGAAUUUAUCGGCACAAGGAAUCGAUUGCUUAGCAUCAUUACUUGAGUUUGAUUUUCGUAAUCGGCCGACAGCCGAUCAAGCAUUGAGACAUCCCUUUUUCCGUUUUUAUCAUGAUCCUGCUGACGAACCAGUAGCCUUACCGUUGAAUGAUGAAAAUGAAACUCAUUCACUUGUCGAAUGGAAAAGAAUUGUCUGGAAAAGGAUGCGAUCAUUCCAACAGCCGCCAUGGCUAUUCGAGAAUGAAGAAGUAGAUGCUCAGCUCCUGGUUGGUAUAAGGAGCAAUUCUCUAGCAGCAUAA